AUGAUUCACAUGGCAACGCCAAGCCCUGGAACGAUUCGGGCAAUCCAGGCAGAUCUGUCCACCGUUUAUGGCCACAAGCCGUGCCAUUGCAGGCAUGGGGCUCUCCGAGCCGGGGCAGAUCACAGUGCGCGAUCAGCCCUGACAGCUACCGCGCUGACCAUCAGGCUUGGGCAAUCCAGGUGGUGCCGGCGAAGCUCAUCUGCUCGGCUUCGCGCCGGGUCUGAGGCUCCAGAUGAUCCUGAGCAAGUGUUCCGAGAAGCCUACGAUGUGGAGGUCCAGCGGAUUGCGCUGCUGCUCGAACGCUUGGAGGCCACACGGCCGCAGAAGAUGUCAGGAGGCGACAGCAAGGACUUUGGGGUGAACCUCGAAGCAGCCAAACAGCUUUCCCCAAGCGAGGUCGGAGGGAAGCUGUCGUGGCGAGAGGCUUUUGAGGCGGCAAAGCGGAUGACUGAAUCCUUGGAGGAGCUCGUGGCGGAGGCCCCAGCCACGCCUUCGGCACCAACUGCCGAUUCCGGAACCAUGCCCCAGAUUGCUGGAGGCAUCGGAGGGGAAGCUGGAAGCAACACCUCAGCAACUCAGGAGGCGGAAGAAGUGAGGAACCUCGAGGGUGUGGCGGAGAAAAUCUUCGAAGAUGAAACACUUCUUCGCUUCAUUGCAAUGCCUGUGCUUGGGCUCAGCGAGACGGGCAAGGGCGAGGAAGUUACCAGACUCCCUCCUGCGGAACAGGUGCGCCGAACUCUUGGAGCUGAUUUGUUCAGCAUCAAGUCUCAAGUGAUAUUCGAUCGUGUUUACAUCAUGACGGGACAGGUCACGACGGAGACAACACCCUCCGCGGCUCUUGCAGCGAUGAGAGAACGGCUCGCAGCCCUGUCGAGCUCCAUUGAGCUGUUCUUGCAGCCUACCAUGAAUUCUUCACAGAGCGCGCUGCUCGUGAUGCUACGUGAUGAUAUGCCCAGCGGUGACUUCGUGUGGUGGCAGUGGAUCUUGUGUGGCUUCGCACUGGCUGCCUCAGUGGUGUCUGUGAACUUCGAAGCUUUCACGGUGUCGGCGCUGACAUCGGAGCAGCGCGCUAUGCUGACCAUCAAUGAGCUGCCGGGCAUUGCCAGCCAAACGGCGCCCACAGCUGCUUGCAUUCUGGCCGUGGUAGCAGCCAUGGAGGCAGCCAGGAGGGCUGCUGCUGACAAGUAUGGCGUCAUCCUUACUCCACCGUUCCUGAUUCCAGUUUGGCCAAUUCCAUCCCUUGGGUGUUUUGGAGCCAUCACCCGCCGCUUGUCCAUAGUCCCCGAUGAGGAAGCCGAUCUUGCAAUGUCGGUGUCAGCAGGUUUGACCGGAUAUCUGGAGUCGCCGUGA